AUGGCUGAUUCAAGUGGAAGAGACGAAUCCCAUGAUGAGGAAGAAAUGGAUAAGCAGUUGUUAUUUGUGCAUAAAUUAAAAGAACAUAAAAUCGUUCAUAAUAAAUCGCAAGUUUCACAAGUUAAAAUAGAAAAGGAGGCCGCUUUAAAAAUUUUAGUACAAUAUAAAGAUAUUUUUAACGUGACACUUACAACAAAGCAGUUAACAAAAAAAAUAAGUAAUAUGAAGACCGAAAUAAAGAAGAAAUUUGAUAUUAAUAAGACAGGCAAUAAAGCUAUAAUCUAUAAGUCUUGGAAAAAGUUGUUAAUGGAAAUGUUUGAAGUGCAUAAGAAUCCCAUCUUCAAAGAAAUACCAGGUGCUGUCUCUGUUGGAGCCAACGAAAGCAUAACACUUGCUGAAUCCUCCACCUCGGCCAUCAGUGACACUCUGGCCCCCUCAAGUGCAAAAGAAAUUACUAUUCCUGCAAAGAAAAUUAAGAUGUCACAUUUACCAGAAAUUGAAGAAACCCAAAAAUUAUCAACUGCUGAGUUGCAGCGAUUAGUUCUAUUAGAGCAGUUGAAAUUAUGUCGAAUGCAACAAGAAGAAAUCAUUAAGAGACAGAAGCAAGGUGAUGGUAACUUUAUGCCAAACAGUACUUUUUCGGAGGAAAAAUGUAUUACAACUUGUAAUUAUUAUUAAUUAUUUAAUUU